AACAGUUGAGCAAAAAAAAGAAAUCAAAUUUGAGAUAUAAACACUAAAAACUGCUUUUACUAUCACUAUAUUAAACCAAACUAAUGCAAAAAUGAGGGCCCCAAAAUGUUCAUAUAUUAGUGGGGCCUGUGGCGAAAGCCUUUUUGGCAACAUGGUAGUCACGGCUCUGUCUCAGCCCUCCUUAAAUUUCUCCCUUUCUCUCGCUUCUCUUUCUCCCAGCAUUUCACGAACCCUAAAGAUUUUUCAUCCUUUCUUCUUUGACGCAUUGACACCAAAUCAACUUUCCCUCUUAUUUCCAAUUAUGUGUCCGUUGAGAUUCCUUUUGGUGUUCUUCUCGGCGGUUCUGGCCGGAUAUUUCGCUUGGAAGACGGUGAAUUCUUCGCCUGACGAUGAUGACUCACCGAUCGAAUCGAAUGAUGAGAAACAAGGACUCUGUUUCAAAAAGAUGGAGAAAGGGUUGUGGGUGUUCGUUGACAUGGCCAGCGGCAAAUACCUUUGGAGGAAUCUCAACCUGAUGAGCGAGAAAACGAUUUAGUUCAAAAUGAUUUCGUCUCUUCCUUGUGCAGAAAGUUAACGAAGAAGGUUCAUAAAGUAACCCCCUCUGUUUUCGUUCUAAAUGUUUUACCCUGAGUUUUUGUAGUUUUGAUACUUCUAUUUGUAACCUGGAAACAAAAUCAAUGAAAAGUUUGUAACGUUCAAUCACUUUGUUCUCUUUACCACUCAAUCAAAGCUUUGACGAUGAGCAUGUUCA